ACCUCGGGGAGGGCUGCUACAAUUUGUGGUUACAGCUUUACACGUCAGAAAAAAAAAAAGUUUGCAGAAUGUCCCACACCGAAAAAAAAAAAUCCGAAACCGAGUGAAAAAAACCUGCGAGUGGGCCUGGCGGAUGGGAUUAUUAAAGCUUCGCCGGAGCCGCGGCUCGCCCUCCCACUCCGCCAGCCUCUGGGAGAGGAGCCGCGCCCGGCCGGCCCGGCCCCCAGCCCCAUGGACCUCCGAGCAGGGGACUCGUGGGGGAUGUUAGCUUGCCUGUGCACGGUGCUCUGGCACCUCCCCGCAGUGCCAGCUCUCAAUCGCACAGGGGACCCAGGGCCUGGCCCCUCCAUCCAGAAAACUUAUGACCUCACCCGCUACCUGGAGCAUCAACUCCGAAGCUUGGCUGGGACCUACCUGAACUACCUGGGGCCUCCUUUCAAUGAGCCUGACUUCAAUCCACCUCGGCUGGGGGCAGAGACACUGCCCAGGGCCACUGUCAACUUGGAAGUGUGGCGAAGUCUCAAUGACAAAUUACGGCUGACUCAGAACUAUGAGGCCUACAGCCACCUCCUGUGUUAUUUGCGUGGCCUCAACCGUCAGGCUGCCACCGCAGAGCUGCGCCACAGCCUGGCCCACUUCUGCACCAGCCUCCAGGGCCUCUUGGGAAGCAUCGCAGGAGUCAUGGCAGCUCUGGGCUACCCACUGCCCCAGCCUCUGCCAGGGAUUGAACCCACUUGGGCCCCUGGCCCUGCCCACAGCGACUUCCUCCAGAAGAUGGAUGACUUCUGGCUGCUGAAGGAGCUGCAGACCUGGCUGUGGCGCUCAGCCAAGGACUUCAACAGGCUUAAGAAGAAAAUGCAGCCUCCAGCAGCUGCAGUCACCCUACACCUGGAGGCCCAUGGCUUCUGAUCUCUGACCUUUACUAUAUCCUCUUUUCCCCCUUCAAGUCCUGCUCCCACUCUGGGAGGUUGGGAGGAGAAACCUGUAUGCCAACACUUGUUGAGCCAGGAGACAGACAGUGAGAGCCCUGUGCCUCCCUGACCCUGGACACGGGCGUGGUGUGAUAAGCCUCAUCUCCUCAGCUCCCAGAGUCCUACAGGUCUGGAGAAGAGGUGCAUAGGCACUGUCCUGUUUUCACAGAGGAAACACUCCAAGGAGUGGAACGGCUCUCACCGCCUCCUGCUUCCUGCCCACCACCUCCAGUGCCCACCCAGGCCCUUCUGCAACACUUCCAGAAGCACACAUGAAAGGCAACAACAGGAGACCACCUAGCAUGUGCCUUUCUAAGCUGAAGCCCCUUAGCUGCCCUUGCCUCCUUGGAUGGGUGUUGCCCUCCUACCCCAAUAACUCUACACAUCCAGUUCAGGAAACAAACAUGACAAUGAGUCUAAACAAGAAGAGAUGGGAUGAAAAACAGAACGGGUGGCCUGGACUGGAGGUGACCUAGAAACCAGAAGAGGGCAUAUUGACAGGGACAGGGACAGACAAGACCCAACCGUCACCAAGACAGUUGGUGGCACAGGGUGGCAAAAAAAGCCACGUCGAGUAUCAGGACCUUGCCUUGAAUUUUCUUGCCAGCAUCAAGGUGCCUUCUCUCCGUCACCUUUCCCAGGGUGUCUGUGGUUGCCUGGGCUAGGGAAGGCAGCCACAGCUGCAGCCACGGGUUUCCUGAAAGUUUACAUUGUAGUAGCAUUGUGAGGUGUGGGGGGCGGCUCUCCCAGGCCCUGCUCCCCCAGCCCCACCCACUCAUGACUCUUAAGUUUGUUGUAUUAAUAUUUAUUUAUUUGGAGAUGUUAUUUAUUAGAUGAUAUUUAUUGCAGAAUUUCUAUUCUUGUAUUAACAAAUAAAAUGCUUGCCCCAGAA